AUGGCUUCGUUGACUACAGUAGAGCAAGGCCCAGCCAAAUGCAAGGCGACCACUGGAAAGGAUAGCAAUGACACUAGGGAGACUAAUCCGAAUGUGGAUGCAGAAACAAAAGAAACAAAGAAAGGUUUUCCAUUCCAUGACUUGGCCAAAUUGCAAAAACAGUACAAAAAUAAAUCCAGUAGGAACGAGUCACUAGUAGCACUGAUAUACCUCUUAGGUUCUAUGCUGUCCUUUUGUCUCCUAAUAUUUUUUACGGACUUUUACUUGAUACCUUUGUUCCCAACCACUACUACAAUGACGGACUACAUCGUAUUCAAUUUCUAUUUAUUGAAUGUUUUCGUCUUUUGUAUGGUACAUUUCGUUUAUCAUUUUAUCAAAAACAUUUCUUUGCAGCAACAUCUCGAGCAUUGGCAGAAGUUUUCAUAUUUAUCGAACAUCAACCUAUUAAUAUCAUCACAAAUUACAAUCCUUUAUUAUCUGUUCUACGAUUAUGUGUUUUUCUUCAAAAUUUUUACUCUUCUAAUGAAUUUCAUAGGGCUGGUGGCAUACUUUUUCAUAUUGACUGAUAAACUCAUUUCCUCCAAAAGAUUCAAUAAAACGGUUUUCUUCAUUUCGGUGUCAGUGGUUUGUUGUUCUUUGCCACUAUUAACCGCAAUCAUCACGUUUGAUGGACUAGAAAAUCUGAAAGAGAGAAUAAAAGUGGACGCCAUUACAUGGGAACUUGUUGCUUUGGUCUCAGCAUCCAUAAUUUACGUUACCAGAUUCCCAGAAUCGUUGUUCAGACGAAAUAAAAAGGAAGAAGGCUGGAAUCAUUCAGAGUACCUUUUCCAUCUCGUGAUUUCCGGUACGGCCUUUUACCAUUUUUUCAUUUUGAUUCAAUCUUAUAUUUUGAUGCAUUCUAGUUUGAAUCAGCCCGAAUUAAUUAAUUUCAAGUCUUAG